AUGGGUGAUGCUGGAUUUUUCCGAGGUACAAGCUCGGAUCAAGAUGGUCGGUUUUCUGAUAAGGAGAAGAAGUUGCUCAAACAGAUGAAAUUCGAGAACACAUUAGAUCGGAAGAUCAACAUGGACAAAAUCAACUUGGACGUGAUCAAGCCGUGGAUCACUAUGCGUAUCAACGACAUUCUCGGUAUCGAAGACGAUGUUGUGAUUGAGUAUAUAAUGAGUCAAUUGGAGGAAAAAGAUAUUAAUCCAAAAAUUAUGCAGAUAAACAUUACCGGAUUCCUCAAUGCUCGACGCGCACGAGAGUUUAUGGGAGAGCUCUGGGCACUGUUGGUCGAAGCUGAUGAAGCAGAGGAUGGCAUACCGCGCAGUCUGGUAGAGAAGAAAAUUGAAGAAUUACGCAAGGAACCACGACCUGGGAAUGGUGAUGUGAAACCGGAGCCAACACCACAAUCAGAAGAUUGGGCAACUAGGUACAGCUCAUUGUCUGGUGGUCGCUACACUGGUCCCACGAAAGAGAAGGAAGUACCUGAUGACCGUAUCACAAAAAUUAGCCCGCGCGGCGGUACACCUCCUCGACGACGUAGAGAAAAUCGUGGUGAUGACACACCACCCAGAAGGAGAGCUUACGACGAUCGAGAUCGCGACCGGGAAAGGGAGAGGGAUCGAGACCGAGAACGUGACAGAGAACGUGAACAACGCAGGCAGCAGCGUAUAGAAGAUGAGAGGAAAAGAGAGGAGGAGUCGAAGAAGAGGGAAGAGGAAAGGCUGAAGCGACGCGCUGAAGAGAGGGAACGCGAGAGGAGACGAGAUGAGGAGCGAGCAAAGGAAAGAGAGCGUCGACGAGCCGAAGAAAGGGAACGAGAAAGGCGUAGGAGGAAGAGCAGAAGCAGAUCGAGGUCGAGAUCACCUGUGAAGAGGCGAUUCACCGAAACGACUUCGAGCAGUAAGCGCAAGCGCAGUCCUAGCACUUCGUCCACAUCAUCUUCAGAAGAGGAAAGGAAAAAGAAGAAGGCCAGCAGGCGCAAGUAUCGAUCGAGCACUGAUGAAUCUGAUUACGAGAAGAAGUCGAAAAAGGAGAAGAAAUCAAAGAAGCAUAAGAAGAAAUGUGCACGUCGUACCAGAACUCAAACUCAAAACACGAUGACCCCAUCGAAAUUAGCGUUCCAGCAACCCAAGCAAGGCAACGCUGAUAUGAAUAGUGCUCUAAGACCAGAGGAGCUCAAUUAA